ACCAGGAAACUGCGAGUUUCUCCUUGUCGUUCCUCCCGCCGCCGCUGCUGUUUGUGGUCGAUGGCUUUGAGGAAUCAGGUGGAGGGAAGCAGAUAAACCAUGUGACCCAAAGUUGCUGCGCAGAGCCGCAGCUCGGACACCGACGGCUCGACAUGGAUGUCAACAACCAGGACUGGAUGUCCGCCCUACCGGAGGAGCUGUGGGACAUUCCCCUGACAGAGCUGGCGAUACCUGGCAGCCAUGACGCCAUGAGUUACUGUCUGGACAUAACGUCGCCCCUGCUCAGGUCCGAGUCGGACACCUUCUGGCUCCUGGACCGACUUUUCUACUGCGUCACCAGGCCUCUCAUCUUUAAAUGGGCCACCACACAGGACAAGAGCAUCGAGGAGCAGCUGUCAAAGGGAAUCCGGUUCUUCGAUCUCCGCGUUGCGCACAAACCCAACGACCCGUCCGACGACCUCUACUUCACACACGUCAUCUACACGCACCUGACGGUUCUGAAAACCCUGGAAUGCGUCGAGCACUGGCUGAACUCUCACCCGAAGGAGGUCGUCAUCCUGGCCUGCAGCCAUUUUGAGGGAAUGGACGACGCGUGCCACGAAUUGUUCAUUUCCCACUUGAAGAAGCUGUUCGGCUCAAAGCUGUGUCCCCGGAAGGAGCCGGUCCUGAGCCUGCGGAGGCUCUGGGCGUCCGGUUACCAGGUCAUCCUGUCCUACGAAUCCCAGCUGGUGGCCAGACACCCGCAGCUGUGGCCCGCCAUACCGUACUGGUGGGCGAAUAAAAUAAUGGCACAAGAAGUGAUCCGCUACCUGGACUGGAACAAAGACAUGGGACGACCAGAGGGCUUCUUCGUCUCCGGCCUGAACCUCACGGCGCCGAGGUCGUACAUCGCCAGGAACCCGAAGGAAUCCCUGCGGACGCUGACCUUCAGCAACUGGGAGUGUCUGAGGGAGUGGGUGGAGCAGCAGAGACCCGGGUCGGACCCUCACAGCCUCAACAUCAUAGCGGGGGAUUUCGUGGGUCCGCUUCCGCUCUGCUCCCUGGUGAUCGGACUGAACCACAAACUGCGGCCAAAGAUCUCAGCCCGUUUCAUGAAGGAGCAGCAGCAGCAGCAGCUGUGAUUUCAGCUUCACGUCCGAAUUUCUCGUGUCUAAAAUGUUCACCGAUUUAAAAAGAAAAUUCAGCUGA